UAAAAUAAAAAUCAGCGGAAAAUUUUGAAAGAAAAAUAAUUUGCAUCAAAAAAGUGAAAAAAGAAAAAAAUCGAAAAGACCUUCAAAUGAAUUUUUGGUCCUUAUAUAUUAUUCUAUAUAUUUGGCAUUGAUAAAGAAGAAUUAAAAAGGAAAAUUUCGAUUAUCUAUGCGAAUCUCCACAAAAUGACAAUGAAGAUUAUUCAAGGCUGUGGUAGGUUUUGGUGGGUCAGGGUGGUAUAAGCAGCAAAUACGUGGGCAGAGUUUCAUUCAUAAUUAACGUUUAAAGUGACCUACUCGAAGCUAUACUGCAAAAGUUUUGUUUGUGUGGUGAAUUACAAGUGAUCGAUGUUCGUUAAAGAAUCUCUUCUUUUUCGGACAAAUAAUCCAACGAAGAAAAAAAAAAGGUUGACGAAAAUUUUGUAAAAAAAAAAAUUGUUUUUCAAUUAAACAAAUCAGUAAAACUGGCAUCAAAGGGGUUCCACGUUUUUCGUUAUGGACGGUGACCGAAAUCGUCCCGAGGAAGAUUCGCAGAAUUCAGAUCAUAAAGAAAGUCCAACUGAAGAAGAAACAACAAGUCAAGAAAAUAGUCGACCUAAUUCACAAUACAGUGAUAUUGAAAGAAAUCAAGCAUCAUCAGAAUCAUCAUCGAGAAAUACUUCAGUUCAAGACAAUAGACGAUUUCCAAUAAUUUCCGUCGCAUUAUCAAAUAGGCCGUCAACACCUUACGAAAGUGAAAAUCCAAUAAUUCGCGAUGUCACGAAAAUUAUUCCGUACGAACCCGAAAAAAAUGGUAUUCAAAAAUAUGGCAUCAACAUCAAUUGUCCACCCGGAAACGGAAGUCCAAAACAUCAAUCGAGAAUCUCUAGGGCCAGUGUCUUUCCAAUCGGAGGAAAUCUCUCUGCCCGAGAAGCCUUCGGACCUACACUUACACCAAUUAAAAAUCGUCUAUCGCCAGAAUCACAAACACCAUUUCCGGAUUCAAUUGAUAAUGAUUAUUCCAAAGAUAUUAAUAAAGGAAAUUCUACAGGAUCCGCCGAAUCGACAAAUGACUGUGAAACACUAUUUUUUAGGGAUGGUAGACGAAGAAUUGAUAUGGUUUUGGUGUAUCAAGAGGAAAGUGCAGGUGUUAUGACUGAAAUAGAGGCACGUAAAAUAGAGCAAAGAAAAAUUUUUGAACAAAAUUUAUUAAAGGAAGGCCUACAAUGCGAAUUGGAACCAAAAGAAUCGUCAUUCGAUGGGAAAACAUAUUUUCUCAAAUUACACAUUCCAUGGAAAAUUAAAAUUCAAUAUGCCGAAUUGAUGAAUCUUAAAUUACCCACUAAGAGAUUAAUUACUAUUUCCGUAAAGGCUUGGGGCGAUGAAAAUGAAAUUUUGAAAAAAAGUCCUUGGGAAAAAUGGCGAAAAUGGAUACAGUGGAUUAGAAAAAUUCACAUGUGGGAUACACAUAAAUAUCCCGAAGAGCCUAGUUUUUAUGCAAGCACAGAUAGUGGGGAUGAAGAAAGAUUUGUUGUAAAAGAUAGAGACACAGCUUAUACACCAGCUCAAAGAUCAUUAAUAGUUAUGCAAAUUUUACAUCGAACGAAAUACAAUGAAAUUAAUGAAAAAGCAGGAAUAAGACGAUUAAUAGCCGAUGGGACUUAUCUUGAUUGUUUUACACUUCACGAGGGUCCCUACAAUAAACCAUUGGCGAAUGGAGAAAUUUUAGAUAGAUAUUUACUUUAUCUUAUAUGGGCCAGGCCAUCUCAAUGGUACAAGAAGCAGCCUUUGUGGCUAAUUAGAAGAUAUUUUGGAGAAAAAGUUGCACUUUAUUUUGCUUGGCUUGGAUUUUAUACAAAGGCAUUAUAUCCCCCUGCAGUGGUUGGUCUCUUGUGUUUUUUUUACGGUUUGGCAAGUAUGAAUAGUGACGAUAAUCAGCCAAGCAGAGAAAUUUGUAAUCCAUAUAAAGAAGGGAACAUUACACUGUGUCCACUUUGUGAUAAGGCGUGCUCUUAUCAAAAAUUGAAAGAAUCCUGCCUUUUUUCUAGACUGACAUAUUUAUUCGAUAAUCCUGCAACUGUCUUUUUUGCCAUUUUUAUGUCCUUUUGGGCAACAACAUUUUUGGAAAUGUGGAAACGUCGUCAAGCAAUUUUAGCUUGGGAAUGGGAUUUACAAAAUGCCGACGGUGAUGAGGAACCAAGACCUGAAUUUGAGGCAUCUGUUAAAACUUAUAGAAUAAAUCCUGUCACGAGAGAACGAGAACCAUAUAUGCCAGCAUGGUCACGUGCCUGGAGAUAUGCUGUCACAACUUCAAUGGUGUUUUUUAUGGUUUGUGUGGUUCUUGCCGCAGUUUUAGGAACAAUAAUCUAUAGAAUUUCAUUGGUACCAAUUUUUUAUCGUGGCGGUAAUUCACUUGUGAAAAAGCAUACGAAAAUUUUCACCGCCACAACGGCUGCAUUAUUAAAUUUAAUAGUCAUUAUGAUAUUGACGAGAAUUUAUCAAAGAAUGGCAAGAUGGAUGACUAAUUUAGAAAAUCCACGAACACAAACUGAAUAUGAGGAUAGUUUUACAUUUAAAAUUUUUAUGUUUGAAUUCGUCAAUUUUUACUCAUCACUCAUCUACAUUGCAUUCUUCAAGGGAAGAUUUUACGAAUAUCCUGGUGAUUCAAAUGCAAGAAGAUCGGAAUUUAAUCGAAUACAAAAUGAUGUUUGUGAUCCGGCUGGUUGUUUAUCGGAACUUUGUAUUCAACUAGCAAUUAUUAUGAUUGGCAAACAAUUAUUUAAUAAUUUUCUCGAAAUUCUAUCGCCAAAAAUGUGGAAUUGGUGGCGUAAACGAAAUCACAUAGCGGCAACAAAAGAUCAUGAUAGGCUCGAUACAAGUUGGGAGCAAAAUUAUCAACUUCAAGAUCCCGGAAGAAUGGGACUUUUUGAAGAAUAUUUGGAAAUGAUAAUUCAAUAUGGAUUUGUGACUCUCUUUGUCGCUGCUUUUCCAUUGGCACCAAUUUUUGCUCUUUUAAAUAAUAUCGGUGAAAUUCGAUUGGAUGCGUAUAAAAUGAUAAAGGAAGCACGUCGACCCUUGGCAGAAAGAGUUGAAGAUAUUGGCGCUUGGUUUGGAAUUUUAAAAGGUGUCACCUACACGGCCGUCGUCAGUAAUGCAUUUGUAAUUGCAUACACUUCGGAUUUUAUACCAAGAUCCGUGUACGCUUAUGUUUAUUCGUCUACAAAAGACUUACAGGGCUAUAUAGAUAGUUCAUUAUCUGAAUUUAAUACCUCCGAUUAUAUUGAGGGAAUGGGUAGCGAUGGAAGUGAACCAAUUCCUUCGACUUGUCAAUACAGAGGAUAUAGAAAUGGACCAAAUGAUCCAGAACCAUAUGGAUUAAGUCCUCAAUAUUGGCACGUUUUUGCAGCACGUCUCGCAUUUGUUGUUGUCUUUGAACAUGUUGUAUUUGCAUCAACGGGAAUAAUGAGUUAUGUGAUACCUGCUGUACCAAAGGCAAUGUCAACUCAAUUGCAGAGGGAGAAACUUUUGGCGCAGGAGGCAAGAUUUGAGAAGGGAAUAAAGGGCAAGGAAGAUGAGGAGGAUCUUGUUUCAGUUUUACGCGAAGCUGGAAUCUCGAGACCAGGUGCAAGACGUGGAAGUUGGGCGAGACGUUUCAGUAAAUUGAGCGAUGGUCUCGAUGCUCAUGUUGACGUUGCCAAAAAUCAUGUUCCAAGUGAAAAUUCCACUGUUUGGGAAGUUACCUAAUUCAGUAAUUUUUACACAAAAAAUUAUAUAAAUAUACAAAAAUAUUUUUAUAAUAUUAAUUACAUUUUUCAUAUGUAAUUGAAAAAAAAGUGUAUUAAUAAUUAAUUAAUACAAAAAUAAUUAUUAAUAAUUGCAAGUCAAUAGAAAAUUUAAUUAAACUAAUUUUGAAACAAAAUUUAUUUUAUAAAUUAAAUUUCCAUUUUCCUAAUUCAUGGAACAGAAUUUUUAUAUCAGACAAUAAAUUAUCGUAGUAAAUCGAUAAUGAAUGUCAAUUAUUAAGGGGGGGAAAAAAAUGGAACUAUUGUACAUAUUGUAUAUUUUAUUAAAA